GACAUUAUUUUCUUUCCUGCGUCGAUCUUCGGCUCUUCGAGUCUUGCACUGCUAUUUAAGUGAGCCUCUAUCCAAUCAACACCUCCCUGUUCUCGCCAUUUCCAUCUCUCCAAUCCGAGCAAUUUCCGGGGAAAAAUGUCGGGAAAAGGCGCCAAGGGUCUGAUUACGGGCAAAACAUCCGCCGCUGCGCCCAACAAAGACAAGGAUAAGGAUAAGAAGAAACCCAUCUCUCGCUCCUCUCGUGCCGGUCUCCAGUUCCCGGUUGGACGUAUUCAUCGGUUGCUGAAAGAGCGGACAACAUCAACCGGAAGGGUGGGUGCAACGGCAGCCGUAUACUCUGCAGCUAUUUUGGAGUAUCUGACUGCUGAAGUGUUGGAGCUGGCUGGGAACGCGAGCAAGGACCUGAAGGUGAAGCGUAUCAGUCCAAGACAUUUGCAGCUUGCGAUUCGAGGUGAUGAAGAACUAGAUACCCUGAUCAAAGGAACGAUAGCUGGAGGGGGAGUGAUCCCGCACAUCCACAAGUCGCUCAUCAACAAGUCUUCCAAGGAAUGAUCGAUGAUGUUGCUGUCCAACUCCAUCGUCGGUCUCGGUUGUUACA